UCCAAUGAUAAGGAGGUCGGUCUUUGUUUGAAAUAUAAUCUCUUGGGAUUGCCAUUUGUCUGGGAUACAUACCUCAAAAAACUCAACCUCAAUUUAUGGAUUCUUGUCUAUCACUUCUGCUCUGAAACCCACUCUUAUUGAAUUUUAGUCCCUUGUUACUGCUUCUAUCUCUUACUUUCAGAAUAGCAGGGGAUUUUUGUUAUAAAAGCGAUGUGCAGCUGAUUCCAUUGUGAAGAAGAGAGCAGAAAGAAAUCAGCUUAUAAUAAUGUAUCCCAACCAAGCCUUUUCUUUAGGGUCCUAUGCGGAGAUGAUGUCUGGGACUUCUCUUUUUCCUCAUGACUACAGUGAAACUGUAGGAGGAGGACAAAACGAGGUUAAGUUUAUCACAGCAAUGGGUGAGACAGUGACUAUGCACUCUAUUAAUGGCCAUUCCAAUGCUGCAAGUGGUGAUCCAGCAUGCAACUCUUUUGCUGGGGAUUCCCAUGUUGUUUCAAGGACACAAAUGGGAAUGGUAGAUAGUGAGCAAAACAUCAAUUGCCAGGGCCUAUCUCUCAGUCUCGGGACACUCAUGCCUUCUAAUGCAUCCGUCUCUCCAUUUCAAUACCAAUAUCACGACACGGGUCUCUUACCACUAAUGAAUGAUUUUCCAAAUAUAAAGGGAACCAUGUCUCUCAAAGAUGAUGAGGCCAAUAACCUACAUGGAGAGUUUAGAAGUGUUGAAUGCAUGGCAUCUGUGUCCUCUGGAGGCUUUCAUGACAUGAUAAAAAAGGAGGGUUUUUACAACCCCAACCACCCCUCAAUGUGUCUUAAAGAAGUCCCCUCUGAUCUACCAGGUUACUCAAACAGCAUUUUGAACUCCCAAUACCUUAAGGCGGCACAGGAGUUACUUGAUGAAAUAGUUAGUGUCCAAAAGGCUUUGAAGCAAUCUGGAAUGGAAAAACAAGAGAACAACCGUGACAUUGGAUUAGAUGGCUCUAAAGAUGCUGAUGGAAAAUCUACCAGUCAAUCUAUGCAAAUGUCUUCUGCCCCUAAUGGUUCCAGUGCCAAUGCUUCUAGUGACCUAUCGUCUGCAGAACGCCAGACCUUGUUGGACAAGAAAACAAAGCUUUUGUCCAUGUUGGAUGAGGUAGAUAAAAGAUACAGACAGUACUGCCAUCAGAUGCAGAUUGUGGUGUCAUCUUUUGACAUGGUUGCCGGGUGUGGAGCAGCAGAACCAUAUACUACACUUGCUUUAAGAACAAUUUCUCGCCACUUUCGGUGUUUGCGUGAUGCCAUCAGUGGCCAAAUUCAAGUGACACAAAGAAGCCUUGGGGAGCAAGAGGGAAUACCCCGUCUCCGCUAUGUGGAUCAGCAACUUAGACAACAAAAGGCCCUUCAGCAACUUGGUGUAAUGCGACAAGCUUGGAGGCCUCAGAGGGGGCUUCCUGAAAGCUCUGUUUCAAUACUCCGUGCUUGGCUCUUUGAACAUUUUCUUCAUCCUUACCCCAAGGAUUCUGAGAAAAUUAUGCUGGCUAGGCAAACAGGCUUGACCAGAAACCAGGUGGCAAAUUGGUUCAUCAAUGCAAGGGUGCGUCUCUGGAAGCCAAUGGUUGAGGAAAUGUACAAAGAGGAGUUUGGAGAUUCCGAGAUGAACUGCAACCUUUCAUCUGAGAACAACACGGUCAAAGGUAAAAGAGAUGAUGUUCAAGAGUCUGAUAACAUUAACAAUAAUAAUAAUAAAUGGGAAGAGUCACAGGACAAUUUAGUAACUGUUGACAGUGUGCAAGUCCAACCUCAAGCAGAAAUGGAUAGAGUGGUCAAUGUAGAAAAUGUGGUGAUGAAUUCUGGAACUGGGAAAUUGCAGGGUGACCAAAACCAACAAAGGCUUGGCUUGAACAACAACAACAACAGCAGCAGCAACUUUUAUUCUAUCUCAACCAACGAGAAUGGUGGGGAUGGAGGCCUAAUGGGUACUUCUACUCAUGCCACAUAUGAUUUAUCAGAGUUGGGUAACUUUACUGUGGGUAGCCACGUUUCCCUUGCAUUGGAGUUGAGGAACUGUGAAAAUGAUGGGUUUGCCAUGUCUGAUGAUGCCAUACAGAAACGACGUAAGCAAACAUUGUCCUCUUCCCCGGAGACUGAUUUGCUAGAUUAUCAUUUCACGGAUUCAGGAAAGCAACAGCACAGGUUUGGCAAUCCCCAUUUGCUGCAUGAGUUUGUCGUAUGAAAUCUAGCAAAAAAUAUUUGAUGAUUUUAAUGGAUCUCUGAAGAGGUGUACCUCAACAAAGCUGAAAGAGAAAGCCUAUGCGGUGUUGCUGCUGCUGCUGAUGCUACCUUUUUUUUUCUUCCUCAUUCUUGUUGCCCAUUGUUCGUAAAAGUGAUGUAAAUCACGAAACCGUACAAAAUAUACAGGUAGACAUGUGUAGAUAUUUUCGCUUGUAAUAUUUUACAGAUGAUUGGUUGUAUGUAUGUGCAGGCAAUUUUUGUAAGGAUAAAAGAAAAACUCUCGUGCAUUAUGUUGAAUAAUAAGGAAUCUUGUAAAAGAAAAAAAAACACGGUAACAAGUACGAUGUGAA